GAAAACAGCCAGCCCAGUCGGCAGGGAGUGUGUCAGUGUGUGUGCAGACGCAGGGGCUAACCUAACACUCCUCUAGCAGCACAGCUAGUCAGAUCAUUUGUCCUCUCGCCGGUGUGUCUGAGAGUGUGUGUGAGUGUGUGUGGAGACUUGAGGAGCUGCUCUCUACGACGUCACACACGUGAGAGGGAGACCCACUAAGAAGAGGAAGGUCUCCAUCCUUACACAUUGGACUCAGGACAGUCAACAAGCCACAGUCAGUGACAGACAGACAGACAGACAGACAGACAGACAGACAGACAGACAGACAGACAGACAGACAGACAGACAGACAGACAGACAGACAGACAGACAGACAGACAGACAGACAGACAGACAGACAGACAGACAGACAGACAGACAGACAGACAGACAGACAGACAGACAGACAGACAGACAGACAGACAGAGUAACUUCUUCCAGAGUUGGAUGUGCUGGGGAGAUGAUGUGCGUUUGAAACCAACAAGCUGAAGUGGAUAUUAACCCCGUAUUGACAGAACCGGAGAACUCUCUGAAGGGACUGUCAGUUCUCAGCAAGGACUUCACUCCAGGAGUGUGUGUGUGAGUGUGUGUGUGUGUGUGUGUGUGUGUGUGUGUGUGUGUGUGUGUGUGUGUGUGUGUGUGUGUGUGUGUGUGUGUGUGUGUGUGUGUGUGUGUGUGUGUGUGUGUGUGUGUGUGUGUGUGUGUGAGGGAGCAUUUAUCGGUGUUUAUCAUCAUGGAUCAGCCAGCCAGCAGCUGCAUGCGGAGCGCCCACCCCGGCAGCCCCAUUUGGGGGUGCGUGAGGAACCCUCACCCCGGAGCGGGGCUCCAGUCGCCCUACCAGCAGACCCCCUUCUCCCUGCACCAGAAGCCUGAGUUCCUGGCCUACACAGACUUCUCCACCUCCUGCCUGGUGCCCGCACCCCACGCCAGCUUCCCCCGCGAUGACAGACUCUACCCAGAGCCCCAUGCGGGCUUCCAGAGGGCCGACUGGCAGUUCCCCCCGUGUGAGACGCGGGGUCGGGGGCAGGAGGCCUGUCCGGUGGAGCCCGUGGCGGUGGGUGGUGGAGGAGUGGUGGGGGGCGUAGCGGGGGAGAUAGACAGCACAGGUGGGGACAGGCUGCCAGGGGCAGUGACCGGGUGUCUGGAGGGGGAGUACUCGCCACAGAUUAUGGCAUCGGCCGACACAGAGAAGAAGAGCUCCAAGAGGAAGAGAGACAUAGCAGAUAUUCAGGACUUCAAGGUGGACUCUAACUGCAAAGCGAGGAAAGAGCGCACAGCGUUCACCAAGGAGCAGCUCCGGGAACUGGAAGCGGAGUUCACCCACCAUAACUACCUGACCAGACUGCGUCGCUAUGAGAUCGCUGUCAACCUGGACCUCACGGAGAGACAGGUGAAGGUGUGGUUCCAGAACAGGAGGAUGAAGUGGAAGAGGGUGAAAGGAGGACAGCCUGCUUCCCCUAACGACCUGGAGACAGACGACAUAGACUCUGCUGCCUCACCCAGCUCAGAGUGAGGGGAGACAGGCUGUCCUGAUAGGAGUCCCCCCCAACACAAACAUCCAGAGAACACCAGCCAUCCUAUAAUAUCCCUGGAGAGUCGGUUGCUGGAGCAAAGCAUUUCUUAGUCAGUCUGAACCCCAGCGUUUCCCCUUUUGUAAAUACUGUAGUACUUGGUCUGGCAAGGUCCAAAGUCUUUUUUACACUUCUCUGUCGAAUGAGGACAAUAUUAGAUCUAACGUGAAAGGGGUUGUAAUAUUUUCUCUACCCAUACAAUUUAACUCCUGGAGCAUUACUGCGAUGGGAGUAUUGGAAUAAAUAAAUUAAGGAAUGGAUUAAUCUUAGUGUAGACUACAUGUUGCAGUUUCUCACCUUGGCCGAGUUAGCACUUGUCACUCAGCGAUGACAAGUCUGUGAUUAGAUUUUUUUUUUUAGAACAUCUCCUCAGUUCUCGAUCCGUAAUCAUGGCCCUCAAUGCUUGACUGCAGCCACCUGCGGACACUCAAACCGUUUCAGUGUUGCCAAACCUUAAGUGCCUCAAAAUCUGAUUUCAUUCAAAGUUGUGUUGUUAGGUUUUCCUAGAAUACACUUUUUCUGUCAAACAUGUUUGUCUUAUUUUUUGUACUUUUCAGCUUUUUUUUCUUGCUUUUUUAACAUUUGAAAGAUAUUGAUAAAAUACAGAUGUUGCCUAUUGAAAUCUGCUAAAAUGAAUAAAUCAUUUAAAAAAAAUUAUAAAA